AAAGGAGUUCCAGGGACACAUUACCCUUUUGUCUUCAAUGACGUCAUGGGCCUUGAGAAGGAUGAAGGAGUUUGUGUGGAAGACAGGAAACUGGCCAUGAAGGGACACGUGAAGGAUGGUUUCAAGUUCAAUCCUCGCUCUUCCUUGUCUGAGAAUAACCAAUACUACAACAGAGACCCCUCUCUAAAUGACAGAGUUCAUGUUCUGGUUUGCAUCAUCCCUGGCAGCAUAGCAGUAAUGCAGGCUGAUUUUGUGAGAAAGUUGAGGGAAGUCAGACUUGCAGCCAGGGACAUGGGGAUUCCUGAAAUUGCUAUUCUCACCAAAAUUGAUGAAACCUGUCCAGAGGUCGGAAAGGAUAUACAGAACGUGUAUAAGAGCAAGUACCUGAAGAACAAGAUUGAGGAGGUGAGUGGCAUGCUGGGUUUCCCUCCAAGCUGCAUCUUUCCUGUGAAGAACUACCACUCAGAGAUCGAGACAAGUGAUAACACUGAUACACUGAUACUGAGCGCACUGAGACGGAUGAUUAAAUGUGGAGAAGACUUUGUCAACGACCUGUAAAACUACAUUCUGCUGAGGCAGGUCUUUUUUUAUAACACUAUGUAAAAAGGUCCUGGGAACAAGAAUGAUAAUUACAUGAAGUGGGUAAUUUAGCUUUUAGCUUUUCAUUUGCAGCCUGUAAUGCACCAUAUAUAUACUAUAAUAAAUGAUGGUAUCUCUACCAUAAUGAGUAAAUAUGAAAAGGCUUUAUUUUUUCUUUAUGAUGUUGUUAGUUUAGUUUUUUUGACUCAAGUGGUAAUUUAUCCGGCCAUCUCCAACUAAUCGAUAAUCUGAAUAUUAGCAGGUCAAAAGACAUAAUAUUUUUCUAAAGUAAAGCUUUACGUUUAGACUUGUGAUUACAUAAACUGUACCAGUCACUGAUUAAAAUAUAUUUUCCUAUUCAA